ACCAACCAUGCGAAUUCAUCUCAAGAUUCACCAAACACCAUGUCGAAUAGUCAGGAUACGCAGAAAACCCUGGAGGUUAAGAUACGACCUUAUUCCAAUCAAAGCAACCAAGAGCGUCCAGAUCAGAAGGGAGUGUCACGUGUCCACCUCUGCAGAGAUGCACUUCUGGACUUGAAGCUGGAUUCUGGAAAGCCAUGUUACCUUUGGAAGACAAACGAGACCGAGCAUCAGCGAAAAGAAGCUGUGGUGUGGCUGACCACUGAGAAAUCUCUCAGCAAGAAGGUCAUUCAGAUGUCGAAGACCUUCCAAGAUUUGUGCGGCUUUAAACUAGGAGAAGACUUGAUAAUCAAAGCUACUGGAGUUCCAUAUGUAGCAUCAGCGGAAUCCAUUAUAUUGAGAGAUGUCACAGCCCAAGAGGUCGAUGCAACUCCAGAGUUAGGCGAGGAUGAUAAACCUCACUGGGAAUGGUUCUUGAGAGAAAGUCUUUCUCGUGCGGAAGAUAUAUUCCCUGGUAUGACAUUCAAGAACCUGUCUCUACGAGGUCCCAAGCGAACUUUUGUUGUCGACUUCGUAAAUGGAAAACCAAGCGGACUUGGCAAAUACGAAGAGAGUUCAUCUGUGAAGAUCUCUAGCAUCGUAAAUACACCUUCUCAACCUGGAAUGAAUGGAAGCUCGGCCCAACUUGAAAUCGUGGAUAUCGCGGGCAUCGACCAAGCAUUGAAGAAGCUCAACCGAUUUCUGAGCAAUUUCGACCGGCAGUUCAAGUUCACAUGGGCACAGCGCUCAUGCGCGGUACUUCUCCAUGGCGGCCAUGGCACUGGAAAGACUUUCAUCAUAAACAAAAUCACUAUGUCAGGCUGGGCGAAGAAUGUCAUGCGCUUGGAUAGUGAUGUCAAGCCUGCGACGAUUCGGACAGUUUUCAAGAAUGCAAAGCUCGAUCAACCCAGCAUCAUUGUAAUUGAUGAGCUGGAGUCGAUUGUCUCGAAAGAAGAUUCUCUUUCUCAGAGCCUGGCGAAGGCUCUGGGAGAAGAGUUGGACAAGCUUGCUGAGAGCGGCUCUGGAGACUCGUUGCCACGAGUUCUGGUUGUAGCAGCUACACUUGAUAUCAGCAGCAUACCAAUAGCCUUGAGAAAGAGAGGAAGAUUCCAGACGGAAAUCUUGCUACCUAUUCCAGACGCCGCGGCACGAAAGGCCAUUCUGAAAUCUCUUUCAGCACCAAUCGCACCAGAGACUCAUGACGAAUUACUUAACCGUCUAGGAGACAGGACACACGCGUACACUGCAGAGGAUCUGGUGUCACUACUAGACGCUGCAUGCGAAAUUGCGGAAGAGAAAGUAGAACACAACGAGGAAGCUUCAAUGGAUGAGAAAUACUAUUUGUCACAAGACGAUAUUGAGCAGGCUCUUCUCGUUGUUAGACCUACUGCCAUGCAUGAUAUUACGCUCAAACCACCGAGUGUGAGAUGGGACGAGAUUGGAGGUCAAGACGUUGUGAAGAAGGCUCUUCGCCGAGCCGUUGAAACACCUUUACUAUACCCCGAGCGAAUGAAGAGAAUUGGUGCAGCACCGAAGAAAGGAUUGCUUCUCUACGGCCCACCUGGAUGUUCCAAAACACUCAGUGCCCAAGCUAUGGCUACCGAGAUUGGAUUCAACUUCUUCGCCGUCAAAGGAGCUGAGUUGCUCAACAUGUAUGUUGGAGAAUCCGAACGUGCUGUUCGAGAUAUUUUUGCACGGGCACGAGCAGCAAGCCCAAGCAUUAUCUUCUUCGAUGAAAUAGAAUCCAUUGGCAGUAAGCGAGAACGAGGAGGGAAGACAAAUAACGUCAAUGUUCUCACUACCUUACUGAAUGAGAUGGACGGAAUCGAGACUUUGAAGGGUGUCACUGUUCUGGCAGCUACGAAUCAACCGCAAGCUCUGGAUUUGGCAUUACUUCGCCCUGGACGAUUCGACAAGCUACUCUACGUCGCUCCUCCAGAUCUUGCUGGCCGUGAAGAGAUCCUUCGUGUCAAGCAGAGGAAGAUGGAUUUCGCAGACGAUGUCAAUAUCCCCGAACUCGCCAAACUUACUGAUGGUUACUCUGGAGCAGAAUUGGUUGGUAUUUGCCAAACCGCUUGCGAUGAUGUGAUUGAGAAAUGUGAACAGACUGGCGAGGAGUUACAGGUGCAUAUGGAGGACUUCUUGAAUGCUAUCAAAUACGUCAAGAAGCAGAUCACUCCAGCAUUGAUUUGGGGUUACGAGCAGUGGGCUGCUGGUGCAAGAGGGACUUUGGAGUAGAUUAGUUGUGUGUUCAUACCCAGGAAUAGAAACCGCG